AGACUGAUUGUAAGAAUUUAAUCCCGAUGUUAUUUUGGAUUCAAGACGAAAUCUACUCGCCUUGUGAUUAUAUCCAACCGAUAAUAACAUCAUAUGGUCUGUGUUAUUCAAUUAAUAUGAUUCCUCAUCAUCUGUUGUUGCACAAUAAUUAUCUCCAAUCAACAUCAUUUUUAAACUUGACACAAGCUGAUAUCAUAGCAAAGAAAAACCAAACCACCUGGACCCCAGAAACUGGUUACAGCCGAAACGCAACCCCGUUUGACGUACCAUGGAGAGUGACGGGCGAUACCGUCGACAAUGCGGUUCGGUUGGUUUUUGAUUUGACGAACAAGAAUUUAGGAGACCACUGUCCGAAAAGAGAUUCUGGACUAACGUUGAUUGUUCAUAGUCCAGCGGAUGUUCCAGUCGGAAUCCAACCUACAGCUUACGUUACCGGUAGUAGCAUGCUAUCUGUUGCAUUAUCACUGAAUAUUAUACGUACCUCACAUAAAAUUAAUUCAUGGGCGCCAAAACUUCGGAAUUGUUAUUUUCAACAUGAAAAAAAACUGAAGUUUUUUAAAAUCUACACACUUCACAAUUGCGAAAUUGAGUGUAGAGCCAAUAACACUUUUAACAGAUGCGGUUGCAAUGCUUAUUUUCAACCAAGAGAUCCGGGAGCUCCGGUUUGCGGUACUGAUAGUUUAGAAUGUAUCAGAGAAUCCUCAACUAUCGGUUAUUCGAUUUUUAAGAAAACACUAAACAUGUCAAUUAACAUUAAAGGUUGUAAUUGUUUGCCAUCGUGUACAAGUGUUCAGUAUGAGUUUGAAACUGUGGAAUUUUUUAGGAACUGGACAACAAAUUCUACAAAACCAAAACUAGUUCUCACCGAAGAAUCAGCUUUAGUAAUGACUUACUUUAAAAGGAAACAUGUUAUUGAUAUACAAAAAACUCCGUUGAUGCCUUUCAACGAACUAUUAGGUAACAUAGGCGGUUUGUUUGGAUUAUUUCUUGGUUGCAGCAUAAUCAGUUUUUUUGAAAUAUUAUAUUUUUUUGUGAUACGAUUAUAUUUCGAUCGACGAAAUCGUAGAAAGGCCAAAUCAAAAAUAAUGCCAAGUUUUAUCCUUGAAUCAUAAAAAAGAUAGUACAACGCCCAUAUUAAAUAUAAAUAACUUUAUAAACAUUAAUAAAUAAUAAUAGAUACAAGAUACAAAUAUUAAUAUUAAACACUGUAGGAUUUUUUUUACACGUAAGGCGCUAUCAUUAUUUUAAAAAACAUAAAUAAUUUUGAAAUUUUUUUUUUCCUAAUUCGAAGUCAUUAAAAAUAACAUUUAUAUUAUUUUUUAGAUUUUUAUUAUUUUAAUAAAAUUUACAUUUUUAAUUUCAUAUUCCGGG